GGGGUUUGUAUGCAGUUCUGAGUCUCAAGUCUGCGCAUCAGAAAGCGUAUUUUUUUGAGUAAAAUUUUUCCAAAAAAUUGCCCAAAAAUGGUCUAAAAUGUGAAUGGGCUGUUGCAACUUUAGGAAUCGUCUUUUCUAGUCACAAGUCAAGUUUCUUGGGGAUUGGGUGCGAUUUCGAGUCUACGUAUCCAAAACGGUAAUUCUUCGGUUCAAAAUUUUCAAAAAAUUGUUCAGAAAUGGUGGAAAAAUGUGAUUGGGCAGUUACCACUUGGGAAUUUUCUUUCCUAAAAAUAAUCACAAGUCAAGUUUCUUGGGGUUUAGACGCAACUUCGGAUAUACGCUAUCCGAAAGGGUAGGUAGGUAGGGUGAGUAGUAUACAAAACAACGUUCACGCAUCCCUCAGGGGGCCAAGGGUAUUUUUGACCCUUCCGUUUGAGGCUCGAACUCAGUUUUGGGGCUAUCCGAGUCAAGCUAGCUCCGUUUCAAUGUACUAAUAAAAAAUAAAAACUGUGUUAUGACGUCAUGCGCACUCCAUCCAACCAACAACCAGUUCUGUGUGCUGCUGCAGGUUCCAAAACGUGCCACAUAGAGCGCGUUCCAGCAGCAGCAGGCAGUGUAGUAAGCACACAGCAACAACCAGUCAGCUGUUUUGUAGUGCUUCCAUUUUCCGUCACAUAGAGGGUGCUUUGGUAGUUGAUAUUUUUUCAUUUUUUUUAUUUUUAUUUUUAUUUUUUUUACUCAUAACCUCAAUUCUUGUGUAAGAGAUGGGAAACAGUAAAAAUAAUUAUUUCUUUUCUCAUUAAUUAUUGGAAGGAGAACAUUUCCUUUCACCUUGUUUUAGAGAGCAGAUUUUAGUUGUAUAUACCAAUCAAGUGUAGUGAACAGUGUAGUUGUGGUGUUUUUUUUUUCAACAAUUGAGAAUUUCAAUUUUCAUAUUUCUCAUUCAAUUGAAAAAUAUUUUUUCAUUUUGAAAAAUGUUGAAAUACACAAAAUUAUCUAGUAAUGCUUUUACUCCAACAAGAGGUUCUGAAAUGUCAGCUGGUUUUGAUUUGUACAGUGCAUAUGAUUAUGAAGUUCCGGCAGCUGGUAGAAAAUUGAUUAAAACAGAUUUGCAAUUUUUAUUUCCUGAAGGAACUUAUGGACGUAUAGCUCCUAGAAGUGGUCUAGCUUUGAAUCAUUUCAUUACUGUUGGAGGUGGAGUAAUAGACCCUGACUAUCUAGGAGAUAUUGGAGUGAUUUUAUUCAAUCAUGCACAUGAAAAAUAUAUGGUUAAAAAAGGAGAUCGUAUUGCUCAAAUCAUCAUUGAAAAAGUGAUGUUUCCAGAGUUGACUGAAUGUGAUAAAAUUGAAAUGAAUACAGAAAGAGGAAAAAACGGAUUUGGAUCUACUGAUGAUAGUGUUGGUGUUGGAAAAAAACCGAAUUCUGUACUUGAGUAUAUUGAAGAUCUUUCAAAAAAGAAAAAAAUGGAUGAUGAAGAACAGAAGAAAAAAGAUGAAAAAAAUAUUUCAAAUGUUUCUACAGAAGUCAUUGUGGACUUUGAAGGUUUUAAUGAUGAACAUGGAAAUUUUAUAAUUAAGGAAAUGUCUUUAGCAUUCUUAAGCAACAAUGAUGUUCUAUGUUUUCACAUAAAAUCACCAUGUACAUUUGAAGAGUUGUCAUUGGAUAAACAAAUUAGGGUAUUGAAAUUUACUAAGAAUAAUGGUAUAAAGUGGGAAGACGGAAAUGUAACUAUAGAGGAUGUCAUUAUUAUGUUUAAGAUUUUGACAAAAUAUUCACUGACAGUUUGGACCAUGGGUGAAGAUAAAUGUAAGAUAUUUUCAAAAAUUCUCAAGAAUGAUACUGUGAAGAAUUUGAAAGAUGUGGGAUGUCCAGAUUCAGAUAGACUAGUGUAUACUUCAGAUUUGAAAUCUUGUUUCUUGCAUGGUCAUAAUUUGAUGUAUACACAAGGUAUUCCAAAUUAUGAUUGUGCAAUGAUGAGAGUACAAAAGUAUAGAGAUUGGUUUUGGAAAACAGGACUAAUUUCUUCUACUCUUGUGAAAGUAAGAAAACAAGAACCUUUAUUUUGCUGUUUUUUAGAAUGCAUAGAUCGUAAUGAGCAUACAACUGAAGUUGAUGGAGUUAGUUGUUUGAAAUGCUUAGCUUAUUGCUUUUGUCAUUGUAAUUGCAAAACUUACAUGUUUAUGAAAUGAGGUUGUAUUUUUUUUCAGAUACACAACAAUAUUAACCAAAAAAAAAAUGUUGAGAGAACUUUUCGAUAUAGAGGAUGAAUAUUUGGACUCUGAUGAAUCUCAAAUAUAUGAUGGUCCUGUUGGUUUUACUCUUUUUUCACAAGAUGACAGAUGGGAAGUUUCAUCAACAUCACCAUCAUCUCAAUCGUCAACAGAGUCUGAGUGUUCAGAUUCAUAGUAAAAUAAAUUAUAAAAUAAUUUAUCAAUGUAGAAUUAAUUUCAGUUAAGUUUUGUCACUGAAAUCUGUUGGUCGUGUUUUACCUACCAUUUUUAAUCGACUAUAUUGAAAAAAAAAUUGUAAAAUGCAUAUUGUUGAAACAUAUAAUUUUCCAAAUAAAAGUGAUAUUUCAUGUCAUAAUCAAAAAAGUAAAUCAUUUCGUGUGAAUAUUUUUAUUGAUGAUGAUAAUAUUGAUUGUAUCUAUUUGAAAACAAAUAUUCUACUGCAUUUGAUGUCUACAUGUCGUUGCAAAAUUGAAGAUGAACUUUGGGUGUUCGAUUGGGAAGAUAUCAAAGAUGAUGUCAGUAAAGGAAGUGAUAUAUGCAGAUCCUCCAAACACAAGUUUAUUGAAGAGAGUGAACUGAAAAGAAUUUUAAAUUUUGAUCUAACCUCAUCAAGAGGCGAAAUACGUAAAGUUAAAGAUUUUUUGAAAUGGCUGGAUGAAACUGUUGAAAAAAUCAGAAAGGAUACCAACAUAGUGCAUAAUCAAACAGAUUCAAAUUUUUUAAAAAAUACUGAAUAAUAAUUACCUACCUAUCCAUGUAAUAAUGUAUUAGAAAAUAAAUUGUAAAUGUUGUUAAGAUAUCAAAUAAAAGAAAUUCUAUUAAA